AUUCCUUAUCCCGAUCACUGAAACGCUAGAGCCAAGACCAGCCAUAUGGCGUUUUCCCCAGACGUCAUUUUUUUAGUCUCGCAUUCAAUCCUUCCAUCUUUUUUUAUAUCUUCAAUUUUCUAUACUAACGCCUGAAUAGAAGACGUAUCGAAUAACAAGCGGCCUCGUAGUUGCAGCCACCACCAACGGAACCAUGGCAAGCAGCGUAGAUGCGAAGCUCUUACGAGCGACAAAAUUCCCUCCCGAAUUUAAUCAGAAGGUUGACAUGCAGAAGGUCAAUCUUCAGGUCAUGAAGAAAUGGAUUGCUAGCAAGAUAUCGGAGAUACUAGGAUCCGAAGAUGAUGUCGUUACUGAGCUAUGCUUUAAUUUAAUCGAAGGUUCCCGCUACCCCGAUAUCAAAUCCAUGCAAAUCCAACUCACCGGCUUCCUCGAUAAAGAUACCGCAUCCUUCUGCAAAGAUCUCUGGAAUCUUUGCUUGAGCGCCCAAACUAGCCCACAGGGCGUCCCUAAGGAGCUCCUAGAGGCAAAGAAACUGGAACUUAUCCAAGAGAAGAUUGAUGCAGACAAGGCUGCAGAAGAAUCACGAAUUCGACGGGAGGCCCAGGAACGUCGCGAUCGCGAAUUAUCAGAUAUACGGGACCGAGAGCGGCGCGACCGUGGCUUCCGUGGUGGACGGGGCGACAAUUGGCGUGGUGGAAGACGCGGUAGCGAUCGAGCCUUUGGCGGUGGUCGCGGCAGAGGCUUUGGCCGAGGCGGUGACCGAUCCCCUUCCCCACCCCGACGAGACCGAGACUCAUAUUACAAUAACCGUGAUCGUUAUGUGCCUCCAGGCCGUCGCGGAAGCCGACAGGAGGCUCGACGUGGCCGCUCCCCUUCCCGCUCUGGAAGCCCUGAAUCUAGACGCUCUGCCUCUCGCUCUCGAUCAUCUAGCACGGCUAGUGGACGUAGCCGGCGAACUGGCCACCGAUCAAUAACCCCGCCUCGUCGCCGGUCUGGGGGGCGCCGAUCUCCACCUCGCUAUAGAGCUUCGGGAAAGCGAGAUCGAUCUACAGGGCGAACAAGAGGCUAUAGGGCCCGCAGAGACGGUCGCAGAAGAAACACGUCGUCGCCGGCAAGUGCCAGUAGAUCUGAUAGUAGUCGAUCUCGUUCGCCGGCCCCUAAAAGACGCAGGUAUUCAGACUCGCUUAGUCGCUCAAGGUCUCCUCCACGUCGCGAUAGUCGGCGAUUAAGCCGUUCUCGCUCAUCCUCCUCGCGUUCACGUAGCCGGAGCCCAAGACGAAGACCGGUCCGAGAACUCAUUAGUCGCAGCCCCUCACCUAGCCACCGUGGGAGGCUAAGACGAUCUCCAACGCGAAGUCCAACCAGAUCAGAGGCCGGGGAGGAGACCAAGCGACCGCGACGUGAUAGCCCAGGAAGAAAUGGAGAGAGUAGCAAAGCUAGAGAUAACCCCUCGAGAAGGCGGAGAGACUCUGCCGAUUCCCCUCGUGCCCGCAACAGAUCAGCUGAUGUUUCGGAAGAUGAAGAUAGACCAAAAUCCCCUAGACACCGCGCGGCCUCGACGGCCGAUGAGGUUCGUUCUUCUUCUUAGGGAGUUCGUGUCACUUAUACGUUUAGACCGAGAACUGACCCUCGUACUCUUCAGGCCAAGACCCCAGUACAACGGGCCAAUGAGCUACGAGAAAAGCUUCUGAAGGAGCGUAUAAAGAAGAUGAGAGGCACCUCAAGCAGAGAUAACGUCAAAGGGUCAGGCUAAUCUUAAUAGACUCGCAGGAUUUGCAGACUCGGCCAUCCUAAGAGACGUGGAAACCCGUGGAUGUUGGGUUCAGCUGUUUUUUUAAUUCUCGUACUUGGCUUCCGAG